AUGGCUGGAGAAUUUAGGAGGCUCCCUGACAUCGAGUUAACUUCCGAUGAAUGGAGUGCGCCGCCUCCUUUAGGUCCUGAUGGAGUCCGUUAUGGACAGCUGAGGAAUGGCCUGAGGUACUAUGUCUGCGCAACCACAAAGCCCAAGCAACGAGCUGCGCUUGCGCUGGUGGUUAGGAUUGGGAGUGUUGUCGAAGAGGAUCAUGAGCGUGGCCUGGCGCACAUUGUGGAGCACCUGGCGUUCAAUGCUACUGAUGCGUUCCAGUCCCAUGACAUUGUCAAAUUCCUGGAGUCCAUUGGAGCCAAGUUUGGGGCAUGCCAGAAUGCGUACACGACAGUGGAUGAGACGGUGUAUGAGCUGACAGUGCCCAGCGAUGAUCCAAAGCUUCUGGGGCAGGCCUUCUCUGUCCUGGCACAAUUUGCCGCGGCUGUGAGAUGCUCACCAGAGGACCUACAAAAAGAACGCGGUCCUGUGCUGGAGGAGUGGCGCAUGGGGAAGGACUCGAUGGGACGCGCUCAGGAGGUUCACUGGGAGCUCAUUCUGCGGGGAUCCAAGUAUGCAGAGAGGUUGCCCAUUGGGCUGAAGGACAUCAUCCAGGGGGUGCCCGCGGAUGUGGUGCGCAGCUUCUAUGAGCGCUGGUAUCGGCCAGAGCACCAGGCUGUUGUGGUCACCGGUGACUUUGACCCCGACGCAGUCGUGGCAAUGCUCACAGAGAAGCUGGAGGGCUGCCAAUCGCGUGAAACAACCCCAGCACCUGCCAUCCCCAGGUAUCCACUGGUGCCACACAAUCAGCCUCGCUUCAAGGUUUUCAUAGACAAGGAGGCGCAGCAAUCGCUCGUGCAUGUGUCUUUCAAAACAGAGACCGCCCCGGUCACCACACCAGCACAGUAUCUCAGCAGCCUGAGGGAGGACCUGUUCCACACUGCCAUGAACUCCCGAUUCUUUCGGAUAGGACGGCGGCAAAACCCGCCUUUCUACAAUGCACAGAUUGGAACAGAGCAAAUAACUGCAACCAUACGGAGCAUUGUGCUGACAGCAAGCACUCAGGAGAAAAAUACAUCUCGCGCACUUGAGGCAAUUUUGUCAGAGCUUGCGAGUGUGAGAAUCCAUGGCCUGUCCAAGCGUGAGAUCAGGUCUGCCAUUGACUUUCACAUGUCAGAUGCAGAGUCGCUGUUCAUAGAGCGACAUCAGGUGUAUGCUGAGGAGCUGCGCGGAGAGUAUGUGAGGCAUUUCUUGAAUGGGGAGUUUGUGGUGGACCGAAAGAGGGAGGCCCACCUGUGCAAGUCCAUGCUCAAUAAGAUCAGCAGGGAAGACGGGCAUGCUUUCCAGGAGCUGGCCCACAAGUGCUGCAGCACGUCCAACAUGGUUGUCAAAACUACAUCCCACCGCAGGGUGGUGACUGAGGAGGACCUGGCAGAUGUGGUGGCCCGGGUGGACAGGGCUGAAGCAAAUGGAGAGAUCAAGGCACCUGACAUGCUGGCCGAUGCACCAACCUCCGUCAUUCCCCCAGGCAAAGAGCCGCAGGCCGGCGAGAUCGUGCACAGGCGCCAAUUCCCGAAGCUUGGCGCGAUAGAGCUGGUACUCAGCAAUGGCAUGAAGGUGUGUUACAAGUGCACAGACCUGCUCGAUGACCAGAUCCUUUGCACAGGCCUUGCUCCCGGGGGCCUUACAGAGGUGGGUCAGGAUGAGUACCGAACAGCCUCAUUCGGCGCCACCCUCGCUCAGGAGAUGGGCCUCUUUGGCAUCAAGCCCGAGGUAACAAUGGACCUGCUGACGGGCAAGCGGUGCGGCAUCAAUGUCCAGGAGGGCGCGUACUGGCGCAGCAUCGGCGGAGAGCAGGCGCCCGUGGACCUGGAGACGGGCCUGCAGCUCAUCUACGCCCUCUUCACCACCGCCGUCACCCCCGUGCCUGCCGAGCUCGACACCUGCAUGCAGUACCUGCGAGAGGUGACUUUGGCGCAGCUGCGCAACCCGAUGCGGCGGUUUGCGGACCGUGUGCGCCAGCUCAUCUUCCAGGACUGCUACUUCUACCGCCCCUUCUCUCUGCGCGACCUCGCCCGCGUGGACCCCCACGCCGCCUGCGCCCACUUCAACCGCUCGUUCUGCAACCCCGCCGAGUUCUCCAUCUGCUUCACCGGCAGCCUCAAGGCGGAUGAGUUUGAGGAGCUGGUGAAGAAGUACCUGGCAGCCAUUCCCCCCGCUGACAGCACCUGCCCCGCUCCAAAGUCACCAGACAAGCUGAAGCCGCUGGAGUUCCAGUUUCCAGAUGGGGUUCUACGUGAGGAUGUGCGGGUGAGCAUGGUGGAGAACAUGUCACAGGCGCUCAUUGCCUUCCCAGCCAGGCUGGCAAUUGCCACCACAGACGGCCUGCCCUGCGGCAAUGAGGCUGUCUGGCUCUUCCUGGUCUGCAAGCUGCUGGAGACCAAGCUCAUGCAGAAGCUGCGCUUUGAGUUUGGAGAGGUGUACACAGUGGCUGUGGCGCCCUCGUUCAGCGGUGAGGCACCGUGCAGCUCCAAGGGGUACAGCGAUGGAGACGUGGCCAUCACCUUCAGCUGCGACCCCGACAAUGCGCAGCGCCUCAUCGAGAUGGCCCUGUCCGAGAUGCACCGCCUGCAGGAGGAGGGCCCUAGCGAGGAGGAUGUGAAGACUGUGCUGGUGCUGGACCAGCGCUCAUGGGAGACAGAGCAGCAGGAGAACUCCUUCUGGCACAACAAUCUCGCGGUGCAAGCGGCGGCGGAUCCGGCGAGUGUGCAGGCCGCGCUGUGUCGCCUAUUCCCCAUGCCCUGCCAUUCGCGCUACGUGGCUCUCACACUGCUGCCCCAGAAGCCCCUGCUCAGCCGCAUGGUGUGA